AUGUCACGUUGGUUGCCGGGGCCUCAGGGGGAGCUCGGCCACCACAGCUCGAAGGGAAAACCCGAUGCUACUAAUAUUUCGACUAAUCAAACAGAUGUAAUUGCCCUCAACCCGAGGAAGUCCUACACCUCAACCAAUUUCCCCGCAACACAGCUUGAUGUGAUGCGAUGCGCGUUGCCUAGUUCUCCCUCUCAGUGUGUUUCUGUUAAUGCGACAGUGUCCCACCUGGCUGAAACUUGGCCGAGAUGGUCCCAGCUCUCGCAGGCGUACGUUGCCGAACUUUGGCAUGUUUUGGAUCCAUCAAGGGGUGCCACGCCCUGGCUGCAUUUUUGUCCUCAGGAGCAACUGUGGCAUGAGAACGGAGCCACUGAAGCUGGAAUAGUCACUGAUAUUCAUCUGAAAAAGGCCACCGGUGUUAACUUGGCGGGGCCUCCGUUACCUCGUGUUCCUGCAGUAAAUGCAAGCGUUACCCAUCCCACUGUUUCUACUCCGAUGGAUGAUCAGCGCAUGCCUUUGGAGCAGAAAUUAGCGCCAACCACCCUCCCCAUCGUCCCCGAGGCAUCCAUCGCUCCCGCAUCGGUCCUAUCGACACCGCCACCUACGUCGCCAGUACCGCUGUUACCACUUCCCGACAUCAUCUCGGUGGCCUUCUCCUCACAUUCUGUAUCUCAUCUAAUAGGUCGGCGGAUUCAUUAUUUCUCCUCUCUCUCCCGCAAGAGUCACUCAUUUCCCUCCCGUCUGUGCACUGAACCUAUUCCUGAGGUCGUAGUCGUUGACGAAACAGCCGGUGACUCCACGAAAGCUGGUCUUUUAAGGAGAACUCCAAGUCCACCUUCCGAAGAAGCGCUGGAAGCGGAGGAAAGCCCUUCGACACCGACCCACAAAAAUUGCAACAGCGCAGCUGACCCCAAUAAUCACUACCUCCAACUCAAUGUCGACAACUUAAUGGGCUCGCAUAUCAAGAGCAUUGCCAAGUACACCGUGUCGGAUGCAGGAGGCGGUGCAGAGAGUGGAGGAGUGGGAGGAAGUGGUGGAGGAGGGGAUGAGAGAGGAGUAGGUCUCAGAGACGAGAUGCCAUCAGAGGAAACAAUCCACCACGUUCUGGCCUACCUCUCCAGCAUUACACGCCCCUCAAAGGCCGUCAAUGUGGAGAACGAGCCUUCCCGAACCAGCAACACGUUUAGACAACCGACGGUCAAGUUUUCACCCAAUCCUCUCAUGAUUCCUCCUGAUCAGACCCAAGAUGGAUUCUAUGUGGAACCAUUGAUAGUUGGCGUCAAUCGACUUACCACGAAGGUAGGCUCCCAAUCCUCCGAAAUCAGUAGAACUUCCUCCACAAAAAAGACCUCCAGUGGAGGUGUUCAACUGCGUAGGUCAAAGCGAUGCCUCACUGGCUACACCUCUCAGGGCAGCAGUAGUCUGGGUGUUUCUAGUGGUGGAAGUGGUGGUAGUGUUGGAUCCAAUAAUCGCAGCCGUAUCUGCUCGCAUCGUGACAAUGACGAGCUUUUUGCAGAUCUCACUUAUGCCCCAUCUGCCUCCUCACGUCACACCACUCUUUGGCAAAUGUCGAAGGGGUCCACUUGUGAACGAUCUUCAGUCUCCUUCGAGACGGGAAAUAUGUCUAUGUUGGAGGAAUCAUGCUCCAUUGAUGACGACGGGAAGAAUCAUAAGCGUCCGCGAACCGCUAGUGAUGCAGGAACGAAGUGGAAGACUAGCAUAACCGCUCCCAUCAGGUUCCUUCCAUCCAGCAGCCAGAUUACUGACGCCGUAUCACGUCCACGAGCGCGUUCACUGACUCAACAACUAGCCACAAAGCCGCUUAGCCAACCCAUUGGAGUAAAGGAUCUAGAAGGAAUGCCCUCCAGUGACACCUACAACGGUUGUGUGCAACUAGGUUCACGUUCAAGCUCUACAACUUCGACUUCUAAAAGCAUCAGACGGGCUCUGGAACACGUGCUUGGAAGACCUCGAUCCACGGAAGAAAGGGAUGGUCUAGUAGCUAGUACAAUGUCUCCGAGUCACCAUUACAACCCUAAUCACCAAUUACAGCAGAAUAAAAUCCAGCUACAAGACUCAGAGAUCUACGUGGAAAUGGACUUCCCACUAACGAACCCGUCGCACGUUGCCGCCGAACUGCCUCCAGAGAUGCGAAAUGCCCUAAGAGGCUCCCUUCUCAUAACGCCAUCAGACUCCCUCUCUUCAAACUCCUCCUGCCUCUCCUUUUACGGUGGUGGUGGUAGUGGUGGGAGGCAGCCGAUGCCUCUAUCUCGCAACACUCCGGGAGUGAGUUUCAGCGAGCACUACAGUUUUAUAUUUAGUCAGGCAGUGGCCUCAACGAUCUCAGCUUCCAGAACACCCUUCCUAAUGAAGCCUUCGAACGCAGGCACCACCACUAGCACUAACACUGCUGGCUGUGAUAUCCCUUCGCCGACCACGGCGCACUGA